AAUGAAUAACAAAGCAUUUCCUGUUGAUCUUUAGGUUUUGGCAGAGAUAACCAAGACAUGGAGUGUUAUGUCAUUGUCCUAUGAGACUCAUACAAGCACAGGAACUCCUCUGCUUAAAGCAGAUGAGAAUCUAAUUGAGACACUUGAAGACAACCAGGUGCAGCUGCAGAACAUCCUGAUGAGUAAAUAUGUGGAGUACUUCCAGGAGGAGGUGAGUGGUUGGCAGAGGAAGCUGAUGGUGGCUGACCUUGUCAUCUCCACCUGGAUGUCAGUCCAGAGAACUUGGGCCCACCUCAACGCCAUCUUUACCAACAGCCACGACAUUCGCUGCCAGCUGGCCAGUGAGGCCGAGCGCUUCCAGGGAAUACAUUCUGACUUCCAGGUUACACAUGCACACUGGAGAGAAACAGUUGGAUAUUCAGCCGUACUUUUUAAUUACCUGACAUCUCCAUCUUUGUCAAUGCCUGCUCCUUCACACAGACCUUGAUGA